CGUCACAGUAUCCUUCACGAUGGCGAUGAAAUAUGGAAUAACUAAAGCUUUCCUUAUAUCCAAGUUAAUAACAUCUUUGUUGCUUCUCUACCCAAUCUGUGCCUUCCUUUACUGCAAAGAAAAGGAACCUACCCUGUGGGAGGAAAUCACAUACGCUUUGAGAAUCAGAGAGCGGGAAUUCAUAUGUCCCGAUUCCAAAAAUAUAGCCGUGGUGGUAUUGAUUUUGUUUGUUAUGGAGUUUAUUUGGAUGGUCCUCUCUUUCCUGGAGAUUACAGAAAAACCGGCAGAAAUCAAGAUAUUUCGAUGUGUUUCUACUCAGUAUGAACCCUCUACCAAUGAGACUGUCCUCUCUAAAUCAAGCACUGAAUGUGAAGUCGACAAAGACUGCAAUGAUAACCAGAGGAUUGACGAAGACGAUAUUAAUGGCGAUGGUGGGGCGGUGGAUGAAGAUGUGGAGAUGAGUGAUGAAGACGAUGUUGAAGAGGAGGAUUAUGACUUCAGUGAGGAACUGGAGACAGCUUUACACGAAUACAUCAGUGAUUUUUUGGAAGAUUGACUUUUAAAAGUUCUG